CUUAUUUUAUAAUAAAUAGGGGAUAUCUUCAUACUGAACUUGAGAUUUCACAGUGUGUUUAUCACCUCGUUUCUUCCAACAAUUUUGUGAUUUAUGGUGUAGGUUGAUCCGUUAUAAUAGCCAUUACAAAUGUUCCCCACAAGUACACAAUGCAAACACUGGAUGUUCAGCUGUGAAGAAGUGUUAAAUCAAUUACGAGAGGAGGCGAAUAAUAAACACAUACAAAUUUAUGGCCGCAACGUAAACGAUGCUAACAAAUAUGAAUACUUUUUAACGCCAGAUGAGGAAAAAAUAAUGGUCAAAAACUAUGAACUAAGACUGAGGGAUUUCUGUAAACGUUUUCAGCCACCAAUGCCAAGAUGUGUGAUAGGCACAGCAUUUCAUUAUUUCAAGAGGUUUUAUAUUCACAACUCUGUAAUGAACCACCACCCAAAAGAAAUAAUGGUGACAUGUAUAUACUUAGCAUGUAAAGUCGAGGAAUUUAAUGUUUCAAUACAACAGUUUGUUGCUAAUAUUAAGGGAGACAGAGAAAAAGCUACAGAUAUAAUUCUAAAUAACGAAUUGUUGCUAAUGGAACAGCUUAAUUUCCAUCUGUGCAUACACAAUCCCUUCAGGCCAGUGGAGGGUUUGUUGAUUGACAUAAAGACUAGAAGUACAUUAAGUGAUCCUGAAAGGCUAAGACCUGGCACAGAACAGUUUCUAGAACGAGCCCUGCAGACUGAUUGUAUAUUAUUGUAUUCACCAAGUCAAGUAGCUCUUGCCGCUGUACUGCAUGCAGCUUCAAAGAUCCAUGAAAAUUUGGAUUCAUAUGUAACUGAUACUCUUUUUGGGGAAGAAGGUAGAGACAAAUUAAGGGACUUAAUUGGAGCAGUUAAAGCUAUUAGAUCAAUGGUAAAAAUGGUUGAUACACCUGUAGACAAAAAUCAAACCAAACUACUUGAUAAGAAGUUGGAUAGGUGUAGGAAUCCAGAAUAUAAUCCUGACAGUGAUAUUUACAAGAAACGACUUCAAGCAAUGAUGGAAGAUGAUGAUGACCUGUAUCAUGCAAUAACUGCUAGAAAUGAUGAAAUUAAUAAUUCCACCCUAAAUAUGUCUGUAUCCUAUCCAGAGGUAGUAUAGCUGUAUAUGUAAUUCAAAAAAUUGGUUUGGAAAUUUCAAUAAUGUACAUACUUUGACAAUUUUACUUUUUAAUUAACCUUGUUAUAAUGAUGUAAACUUUUUUUAUUUUAUAUUAUUACUUUUUAUAUUUGUCAUUCACAUACCCUCAUUAUGUUAAUUGUAAUAUAUGUAUUUCUUUUUGAUUAAUUAUUUAUUAUUCAUAAUUCCAUAAGUGAUGUUCAUAAGGUUGCUGUAAUUGCUUUGGAAAUUGACCUAACAUGUAUUUUUAUAUUUAUAUACCAAUUCAUUUAAUUUGACAUACCAAAUUAUACACUUAUAAAUGUGAUAUUAAUUUAAUUUUAUCAUGUUACCUAAAUUUAUAAAAUAUGAUCACUUAGUACACCUGUGAUAUCAUUUUACAUAUAUAUAUAUAAUUAUACCUCUUUUAUUCAUACAUAUUUGAAUGAAGUGUAGGAUAAUUUGGUAGUCAUAUACUGAGUAUACAUUAUUGUGAAUACAUUGUAUACAACAUUGUUACUAAUAUUCUAUCAUUAUACCAUUUUGUAAACGUAAAUAAAUUUCAAACAAUUAGUUUCAAAUAAAUUAUCAGUUUCUUUAGUAA